GAGCCCCUAAACCUGAAUCGGGAGGUAGGAUCUGGCUGUUGACAUUGUACCCCCUUGCAUGCCGAUGCGCAUGUUUGUUGGCGUGCAAAAACGUAAGCUUUGCGAGCGUCAUAACUUUGUUCCCCACAGUAAGCUUGCGUGACCUUGGCUGAUGCUUGAGUAGACAGCGAACCCUGACGGCGAAUCCUUACGGCGAAUCCUUCACGAAUGUCACUGAGUUUCUCCAUUUUCCAUUUCAGCCUUCCCCGUGAUGAUCAUGUCGGAGCGUCUGCGAGUGGCAUGGCCAUUACUGCAGCCAACAACGGGUUUGCCCCACCCUACGAAAUCGCGUCAGCAAUGAAGGUCGUUCUUCAGAAUGGUGCGAUAUGUCAAAGGUAGUCCUCGAGACUUCCAGGUGUUUGCAAUCCCCCCAUCAAUUCCACAGAAUUCACCAUGUGGCCGUUCAACAGCAAAUUCGACGGAAGCAAUCAGACUCCGUACUACCAGGCGGUAGCGGCAGAGGAACGAGAUUCAUUAUCCAAAGACUAUGAAUCGAGCAGUGAAGAGAGUGAACCAUCGUCACAGCAGUCGGGAGGGCUUCGUUCAAUCAGAACUUUGCUUUGCAUUUUGACUGCUUUGACGAGCUUGCUCUUCGCCAGCGUCGUAAUCGAUCAAGUAUCGCGAGCCGAGUUGCAAAAGACUCCUGUCGCAUGCACUCCUGCUUCAAAACCAAUACAAUUGAAAGAUCCUGUUGGUCUAGUUCCUGAGGUUACAGAGACCUUCCAAGCGCAUGAGGAUUUCAUGAAACCUUUCACUGGAGAGAAAGACGCCUGGUCAAAGUUACUCCCUCCUGGUCGUGGCUUCGUGUUUGUACCUGAGCCGCGUGAGUAUGGUCUGAACGAAGGCCAGGAGACGCCCUGGGGUGAAAUCUUUAGCGUUUCUCUAUUCCAUCAGAUUCAUUGCUUGGGACUCUUGCGCAAGCAGUACUGGACUCUUCUGAACCACGUCGCGAGUGGCGAUCAAGAGGCGGCACUUAAAGAGUCGCUUAAGCAACAAGAAAACACCCACACGGGGCACUGUUUUGAUUAUCUGCGACAAGCUCUCAUGUGCGCUGGAGACAUGUCAAUGGAGUGGCCGCGCGAUGAGCCCGAUGGCAGCAAAAGACGUCACGUCGAUGGUUGGGACAUUCCUCAUAAGUGCAAGAGUUGGGAUACUAUUUGGCAAUACAUGAUGACGAAUGCGUACAACGCAUCGAAGUAUGAUGACAUUUCUAUUUAGCGAAACUUGAGCGCUGGUGAAGAGAUGGAGACAUCUGAAGGCUUAGCAGCAAUAUUUUCGAUACUCGAUAGAUCAAAAUGUAAAUGG